CCCAUGCAGACUUGACAUCGGUGCUAUCUGUCAUGCAAGUCAAAAGGAUAGUGAGGAGUCCAAUGUAGAGACAUUGCUGGCAGCCUACUUGUACUAGCCUACAUUUGUUCUGUUUUCGGCGCUGCAGAAGCUUUUGGAGCUUUUAUUCCUAUGAAUUACACACAGAGCAGGAGGCGUCUCUUUCCAUUUAGUUGUAUCAUCUGUGUUGAGAGGACGAUGCCUUUGAGGACCGGACUUUUUCUCCUGAUGGUGCUGAACGCAUCUGCAAAUGAACUGGAUCAGAACGAGUCUUAUUCGCCCAGGAGAGCACGCUUUUCUGCCAAUAGCCCUUCAGAUGUGGCACGCUGUCUCAACAGUGCCCUCCAAGUUGGCUGCGGAGCCUUCGCCUGCCUGGAAAACUCAACUUGUGACACAGAUGGCAUGCAUGACAUCUGCAAGUCCUUCUUAUACAGUGCUGCUAAAUUUGACACUCAGGGUAAAGCAUUUGUGAAGGAGAGCCUUAAGUGCAUUGCCAAUGGCAUCACCUCGAAGGCAUUCCCCACCAUCCGCCGCUGCUCCACCUUCCAAAGAAUGAUAUCUGAGGUCCAAGAGGAGUGUUACAGCAAGCUGGAUAUCUGCACUGUUGCCCGAUCUAAUCCAGAUGCUAUUGGUGAAGUGGCACAGCUGCCAAGUCACUUCCCCAAUAGGUUUUAUGGUAAGCUGCUUCAAAGCCUGAUGGACUGUGAUGAGGACACAGUGGACCGCGUUAGGACCAGCAUGGUGUCGCGGCUGGGCCCAGAGAUGACCAUGCUUAUUCAGCUGCUGCAGAACAAGCCCUGCCCAUCCACUGCUGUGGCUGCAGCUGCCGCCAUCCCAACUGGAGUGGAGGGCCGUGGGAGCUGGCGCUGGUCCAUGGGUCCCCAUAUGUACAAGAUCCAGCCUAAUCUGCGAAACAGAGACCCUGCCAGUCAUUUUGGCAAAAAGCGCUCUGCCAGUGACAGCUCCUAACUUCCACUCAGAUUCAAAAAAACUCCACACACCCCUCAAAACAUCACGAAAGCUCCUCUAUUCCCUAGGGGUGAUAAAAUCCAUUCCUCUGCUAGACUGGAAGUUACAGAAAUAUGCACCUCUAGGGAAUGCCGGAACGCCCAUAGAGUUGAUAUCAGAGUUUGAUUGUCGUUAUAUUGUAUAUCCUACACUAUAGGCUUGAGAGAACCCCCCUUCCAUCGACUGUUUUCAAACGUGUCCGCUCACAGUUAGUGUUGAACAUGUGGCUGUUGCAUCUGCGCAACACGGUCCUGUUCAUACUCCUCCUCACCUCCUUCAACAGGGAUGAAUCCUUAAGAUGUCUCUUGAUGCCAAGCAAGAAAAAAGAAAAGAAAAAAAAGCAGCCAUGGUGAUUCACACCUCUAGAGCACAAGUCCGUACUUUAAAAGACAAAAACACAAUCUCAUUAUCCUGACAUUUGUUCAUGAAUAGAGAUAGUUGGAUUAUUAUUAGUUCAUUGAUAGGAAUGCGAAAUUAUUGGUAGAUGUAUCUAAUAUUUCAGCAAUGAGACCAGUCAAAUUGUGAGCAUGAGAUGUGGAAAUGAGUUUCAUAUCUAUUUUCUGACACUAACAUAACACUUAAAUGUACUGUACACUAAGUUAUCUGAGACAGCCAUAGCAAGCCCUCUAAACGAGAGUGCUCAUACGGAGUGAGGUCUGUAGAGGUUUCAUGAUAACCUUUGAGAGGUUACCUUAAACUGACCAAAAAACUUCAAACUGCCCUGAAUGCUAUUCAUGAAAUACCAAAAUAGUGUAUAGCUAUAGUACUUAUGAUUUUUAUUAAUUAAUUUUAUUUUGAUUUUUUUUAUUUGAUUUUUUCUGAUGGCAGAUGUAGUCAUGGUCGUGUGUUUCAAAUCACCGUCCUGCACAUAAGGAUCGUCCAGGUCAUGGCCAAGUCUGUCUAUCAGAAAAAAAGAAAAAAAAAAUCAAUUUUGCAUAUCUUGUAUCCAGACACUUGUAAUGCUUAAGACUGUUGAGCUCUACAGUAUAUGUGGGACCAUGUUUAGUGGAAUCUGUAUCCAUGUUCUUAACUGAGUGUGAAGCAGUGGUGUAUGUGCAGUAGCUGAUUAGCACGUUCACCGAUGAGACUGAGAGCAGCCAUCUUCUUGGACUGAUGAUCAUCAUUCUCUGAGGUGAAUCACGUGACAUACACACUGGCUUCCAGUGUCAAGAUUGAAAAUGACUAUUUAAAAAAAAGCCUUGUUGGAAUGAUAUUUAUUUUCCUACUUUAUUAUUUAAUGUUUUUUUUUUUUUUUUAUUUUAAUGCAUUAUUGUAGUUUUAAUUCGUUUACAGAUUUAAAAAGCAGUUCAGUCAUGGCUCCUAUUUGAACAUGAGCUCUAUGCCAAAAAAAAAAAAGAAAAAGAAAAAAAAAAAAGAGCUGACACUCUGGUGACUGAAUGGGACCCAUGUCAUGACUCUGUGCUGGCCAUAGGGGAACAAGGUUGGUCAUUCAGGUCAGGUGAUGUACUUUAUGGGUGUUACAAGGGACCACAACAAAACUCUAGCUUCAUAUUGACACACUUUCUGGUUUAAAAAAAAAAAUAAGGUUGCCAUUUCAGCUGCUAGUUGUGCUCGUUCAAAGCUGGGUUUUGUGCACAUUAUUGAAGUCUGAGCAGGUGUAGUCACAGUAAAACAAACACUAGCAUUAAGUGCGCUCACAGUGAUGUUUUUGAUGGUUUUGCACUAGUUUAAAGGAUAAUACAAAUUUUCCUUAAGAUGGCUGGCUAAAUGUAGACAAAUUCUAAUCGUAGUCAAUGUCAGCUAUUAUCUUCAUGCCGUAUAUUUCUUUUAUGUUAUUAUUUAUUGUUUUUGUGUUCCUCUUUUAAAGGCGUCACCUCUGAUAUUAUAUAAUAGAGAAAGGAUGACAUGUCUCAAAGGAGACAUGUCAUGUUGUUUGUGUUGGUUUCAGCUGUAGUUCGUCUUUAAAGCCCUUAAAAAAUUGAUUAAAGUAAAUCUUAGGUGGCAAUAAAUUUUUACAACUAAAUAAGCGACAAUAGUAAUUAUUUAGUAUUUCAUCAGAACUGUGCGGGUGUGGUUUGAUCAGAUUUGAUUGACACUGUCUGGAAACGUUAGCAACAACAUCCCCACUACUGUCAUCAGAUUAUGGUACAAAUGUUGCCACAUCCAGAUUAGUGCAUGAAAACAUGUGACAUCCAAUUUCAACUCAAAUAACCAAAACGCUGAAAAAAGAAAUAUGAGGGGAACAUCGAUAUAUACACUUAAACUCUAUAGAACCAAAUUAAAAAAGUCCCAGUAGACUUCGUUCUCUUACAUCUACGAUCAAGCCAAUCUGUGAGAAUCGGUAGACUAGCGCAGAGCCACGGUCACUGAGCAGGGUUUUCAUGCUGGUGUUUGUUUUAUCCAUACCUGGUAGACAGGUGCUGGUUUGGUGCCAGUAACUUCGAUGAGAUAACCGGUGGUUUAAGAUUGUUUCUGCAAAUUUUUGUGCACAUUGAAAAACUCAAUAUAGAGAUUAACUUGGAACCAGGGCUGGGUUCAGUUCGCUAUGAAGCAAUUUGAUUGAGAAAAUUCCCUUUCUUAAAAAUUAAAUCUUUGCAAACUGAUCAUCUUAACUUUUUUUUUUUUUUUUAAUUACAAAAUUAUAAGGAUUUUUUUUUUUUUUGCUCCUUUUUUUUUAGCAAUUGAACCUGGUCCUGUUUGCAAAAGACAAGUGAAUCUAUAUAUUGUUCUGGAUUGAUAAGAGUGAAGCACAGACCAGAAAAAGAGAUGCUUUAUUUUUCAGUGUCAAUAGCUAUGUUAAGAAUUCCAAACUAUGCAAUAAUCUCACACACAAAGGAUUCACAGCAACACAGAAAUUGACCUUUAUUUCAUUCAGUGCCAGCUGAUGCUGUGUGAAUAAAGCAGCAGCAUGUGUGCUCUCAUACUGCACUCACAGUGUGAAGGCAUUGCUCCUCUGUAUCGCUUUCUGUUUCUGUGGUUUGUGUAAACUGGUGUUUCUUUUGUUCUGUGAACCUGAUCAUUUCUCUUGUGUCAUUUGGUGCAAAAGGACAGCAGUUCUGAAGGAAUCACUUGGGAAGUUAAGAGCUAUAGUCACACUGUAGUAUAUCCUAGCUUACUAUUUUAUGUUAAAUAUGCACUUUGCAUCUUAACCACUAUAAAGGGCAUUGAAACAUUCAGCACAUGUGCAACUGAGACAUGUUUUAUUUACCCAGUGAAUGGAAAUCAGUUUGAAUAUUUCGCAUCCUGAAGGGUCAGGGCUUCUUCAUGUACUAUUGAUACAUAUGUCUGUAUCUUGGUUGUCCAUGGGUAAAUCCAAAACCCAACAGCUGCUGCUAAACUGUUACUUCCCUGUAUGAUGCUGUCCAGAUGCCCGUCUACUGUGGCCACUCCGAUCUGUCAACACACAGUCAGCUCAGCAUCAGUUCGCAUUUGCAUUUAAGCAUUUUAAUGUCUAUCUCAUGUCUUCAUAUUUAUUUUCUAUGAACAUUCCUUGUGUCAAAUAUAUUUGGCAAGGGCAAAUUGACUGUUUCCUCACCAAGUCAAAUGUAACGGUAAUUUCAGAGAAUGUACCUGUACACUGAAUGUCUGUUUCGACGAGAACAUGCCCGAGUUAGGUGACCCGUGAAGGCUUAUUGGGGAAAAACAAAAGCGAGAGAAGUAUAAGGCUUUCGAUUUCUUUCUGUUUUAGAUUUUAAUUCAACUAUAGGGUGCUUAAGGUGGUACUGGAGUAUUGUUAAAUUGACCCGUGGUGACUUUUGUGAAACUGUUUCUCCUGUCAAUACCAGAGACUAAAGACUCCCACACUCCUGGCACUUCAUGGUACUCUUUCCUCUCAAGACUUGAAAUAGAUUGAUAAAUGUUGUUGCGCUUAAACAAAAUCAAAAAGCUUCAGUGACUAGUAAAGUUUAUUUUGUAUUCAUAUAUAAGUGACAGUUAUUUUACUAUCGGAUUCAAAAAGUUAUCAAGGAUUUAAGGAGAUUACUGAAGUUGCUGAUACAGAUGCUAUGUAACGCAUGAUUGACCCUUGUGAAUCACUUGCACUUUAGAAUAUACCCAUAUACAUAUAUACCCAUACUGUGUAUAUGUUUGGGUUUUUCCUCUGUACUGAAAAGUCAUGAAAGAUACAAAUGCAUCAAUUGUGUGUCUUUUGCUGAUCAGAAAUAAAAUAUUUAUCAUA